UCACUUCUACUCUGGAAUGUUUACAGGAACUUCAUGAGCAGCAUCAGGACCAAGUGUUUGUCAGAGAAAAAAAUGCUCUGAAGAAACUUUUGGUUCAGGGAUCACAGCGGAUGCCACAGGUGUAGCCGCCGGGCUCAACAGAGUAAUGGCUGUUCAGACUGCAAUCAUGAACCCUCAGUUCAUGAAUUUCUGCUUCCCUGGUUCUGUGAUGGAAUACGACGUGGAGAAAAGUCUGGAUGGGAGUCUCCUCGGUGAAGCAGAAAAUGACGAGGACUACAAAGAGACCACUAGGGACUUGCUGAGCUUCAUAGACUCAGCCUCCAGCAAUAUCAAGCUGGCUCUGGACAAGCCGGUGAAAUCCAAGAGGAAAGUCAACCACCGGAAGUAUCUACAGAAGCAGAUCAAAAGGUGCACCGGCAUUAUAACACCAGGAAACGUAGCAGAAACCCCAGUUAAAAGACAGGGUUCGCCCCUGGCUCAGCCCAGCCCUUUGCAGAGCAAAACUUUUCCUAAACGUGAUGGGGUCCAGGCCAACUUACAGAGCAAGAGCUUGGCAGCCCUCUUCAGCCCUGUAAAGGAUAUUAGGGGUGAAAAAGCCAAGAAACCACCCCUGAGGCACCGCAAUCUGCCCCCCUCUUUUUUCACUGAGCCUGCCAACUGCUCCAAAGUCAGCUCCACAUCUGGGAUGACACUGAAGGACUUGGAACGAGGCAAUCCUGAGGCUGCAGAGUUCUUCGAGCUCUUGGGGCCUGACUACAGCAACAUGGUCAGCGACCAGGACCUUUAUCAGAGUAUGCCUGUCCGGGUGCAGCCAGAGAUGGGAGGCCCGGAUCCAGUUUCCUACGAUGCUCACCAUUUAGUUGGUGGUCUCCUCUACUCUGAGCCCUGGACUAGCUGCUCAGGACCCUCUAAGAAACUAGGGGAGAGCCUGCGUACAGGCCCAAGCCAGCCUCCUGUCUACAGUCCCUCUGAGGCUGCAUCUGGGUCCAUAGAGGACAACACACUGUGCACUUUGGCCUUCCCGAACUUCUUCACAGACUGCUCCAUACCUCAGGUCACUUAUGAUUUAAGUGGUGGUUAUAACAGAGCAAGUUAUUCAUCUCUAUGAGAAACUGUGUUCCUAGAGGUGCUGGUAAAAAGCAGGUUUAACACUAGUCUAAGAGAGUUGAAUAUUACUGUACCUUAUUUGUUUAUCUGUUGUGAAAAGUAAUAAUGCAACUGGACUUAAGAAUUUUGUAUCAUCCCCUCUCAACAGCAAUAUGUGUCACUUUCCCCCCAAGAGAAACAAAGAAAUGUCCUUUAUAAAGAAAUGUCCAAAGCUUUUCAAGUAACUGGAUAUGACUGUGCUUUUCAAAACCCAUGUUUAAUUUACUACACUGUUCCGUUUAAUGUUAAAAUGUUUCACAUGGAUAAUUUUUUCUUUAUCUCAGGCAAUUUCUAAUGACAUUCUGGAUGAAAACGCAUCUAAUUUUGGGUAAGCUUCAGUUUUGUCAGCAGAGUAUGUGAGUCUAUUCAUUAGCAUGUAUUUUAUUAAGUUGGGAAUUAGCUAAGCUAAGAAGACAUUUCAUUUUAACAUUGUCAUAUUUUACAAAAAUUAAACAAACAAGCUGCAGGAAUAGUUAUUGGUUUAGUCCACUAAACAUAAUUUACUGCUAGAAAAUGAUAGAACUGUCUGUCACAUUUGACAAAAACAUGCUGCAACAAUCUCUCAGCGAGGCACUUUUUCGUUCCUGUCAGCAACUGUUCUGUGUAAAGGGGGAAACUCAUUUUGCUGAAAUGAUGUUUUACAACCAUGUGUGAUGCUAUGUUUGUUUUACAACAUGUUACAGCUCAGAAAUGCUUCUGCAGCUGGCAGAUUUACCACUUGUAUCCAUUUUGUUGGAAAAGCCUUAAAUGUAUCUAGCUAUUGUAAGAGGACAAAAUAAAGCUGGUCUUUAUUACUGUGACAA